AUGUUUGAUAAUACAAAUGACAAAAUCGAAUUAUUGCUCAAUGGAAUGAAAGAACAAAUAAAAACAUUAUGCGCAGAACGUGACCAUCGUUAUAUUGAAAUACAAAACGAAAAUUAUGAACUGCACAAUAAAAUUUCCGUAAAAGAUAAACAACUUGAAGAAAUGUCCGAAAAACUUAAACUAAUUGAAGAAAUUUUGAAACCAACUCAUAAAAAUGAUUCUACAUUACAUAACUUCCCAAAAUAUUUAGGUGUCUUCAAACCAUCCCGUACACAAAACACAAAUUUUGAACUUGAAGAAAAGCUAAGAGAAAUUUCCGAAAGAUAUAAACUAUCCGAAGAUAAUUUGACAAGACAUCGUAACGAAUAUUCUGAACUUCAAGAAAAGUUUGGAUUAAUUUCCGAAAAAAAUAAACAAUUCGAAAAAGAGGUUGCAAAGCUUCGUAAAGUACUUAACGAAUAUUCCUUUGCAAAUUCUGAACUUAAAGAAAAUCUCGAAUUAUUUUCCGAAAAAAAUAAACAAUCCGAAGAAGAAUUUGCAAGGCUUCGUAAAGAACUUAACAAGACGCAUGAAAGUAAAACAAAUUUCGAAACAAGCCUCAGAGAAAUUUCCGAAAGAUAUAAUCAAGAUUUGAAUUCUAAAAAUAAAGAAAUAAAACAAAUAACAAUUCAAUAUAAUGACGUAUCAAAUAAGUUGUCACAAAAAGAAACCGAAAUUUAUGAAAAUCAGCAAAAGUAUGAUGAAAAUAUCAAGGAGAUAAGAAAUCUUAGAAGUGCAGUGAAGAACAAGGAAAAAGAACAACAAGAACUUUCAGAAAAGAAUGCUAAACUUAAAAUGGAAGCAUCUAAAUUUCAAACUGCACUUGGUAAUGAUGAUAAAAACCACACUGCUCAACUUGUAAAUGAUAUUUUAGCGUUACGAGACAUGUUGAAUGCUUACAUCACAUCAUUAAAAGGAAAAGUUGAAAUUAAUAUUGACCAGAUUAACAUACUUAUGAAAAAAUAUAAU